GUAAUAUUCUCUUGCAGGAGGAGUGUCAGGACCUGCGUCAGCGUGUGAAGAAUGGCUUCAUCAAGCGGCCUGCCAUUGUGCGUGUUUGCUAGAAAUGAAUUGUUUUACUAGUCCAUUUCUGUUUUAUAAUAUCACAACUCUACAUAUGCCGGUUCUGAAGAUGCAUGUUUGUCUUAGAUUACUAUUUUUGGGCAUAUGUGUCAGUUCAUGUCAUCACUUCAUAGUUCUAGCAUGCAUGUCUGCACAUGCAUCUUCAGAUGGCAUUUAUGCUGGUCAAAAUGGCUAACAUAUUGAUUUAUUUAAAUACUGUUAUGUGUACAUAAUGACUUAACUAUUUUGGAUUGACAGGUGGAGUUUGAGGAGAAGGUCAGAGUUCUGCAUGAGUCUAUUACAAAAGAUGUAUGUAUUCCAUUUAUUUCUGCUUUGUUCUUUACUUGUGAGAAAAGGACUACAAUGGUUUAACACUAAAAGAAAUAUCAGAUAGUGUAUACACUUGGGCUGCUUAAAAGAAUGCCAGCUUGGGUUGCCAUCUUCAUGUUACUGUUGCAUUGUGACAAUUGCUAUGUGAUUUAUCUGUUUUGAUUGUACCUCCGAAUCGAUCUUUCUCUUCCCUUUGUCCUGGUCUGACAUUGGGAAUGAUGUCACGAUGUUUCUUGAAUCGGCGACAUCUUUGAGAAAUUUUAAUGCCUGAACGCAUCUUGGAUGUCUAGUUUUCCUAUCCUAGAUGUUGGAUGUCAAUUAUACUGACAUUUGCUUGCUGCCUUCCUUGAUGAAGUGGAUUCAGCGGGAGUUGGUCAUACUAAAACGCCUCCGUGACCAGGCUAGUUUAAAGGGAUGGAGAAGAGAAUAUCCUUCGCUGCUAUGGUUACUGUAGUAAUUCACACGUUUGAUUAUUCUUCUUUCUGCUGAAAGUAUCAGAGUAAAGACCAUAUAAACAUGUUAAUAAAGAGCAAGCAGGCCUUAACUUUUUAUCGCGUACGCUUGCCGAGUACAUAGAAAGAUUGGUCAAACUUCAGAAGCCAGAAGAGCAAUCUCGGUUGCUACAAGAGAUUCCAGAGGUUGUUGCCGAUGUAGAAGAGCUGGAACCUGCAUCUGAAGAAAUUUGCAAGGAUGAACUAGAAGUUGUCGAAUGUCCAGAAACAACUCUGAGGUUUUCAAGAGGGAGUAGGAUUAUUUGGUGUCCAACCGAUCAAGCAGAUGUUGCAGGUUUGCUGCCUUCUAAUUCCGUUCUUGUAUUAUUGGCUCAGUUAUUUAGCUAUCAAGCCAACACUGGUGUGGGCAUCUCCUUUUAAUAUCUCGCAGAUAUGUCCGUCUAUUACUCAAUUGCAUGAUGAACAUGAUAUGCUGAAGUUCCAGUUUGAUAGAGACAAAAAUUUCAUUUCCACUUCUCAUACAUUUCAUGCUUUUCAUGUGGUUUACUAGUUUGUGCUUUUGGUUAUCAGUCUAUUUUAAGUUCUUCGAAUUCAUCCUGCUGAAGGUGAUGGACACUUCAUAAACGUUGCAGGAGAUGAAGUUGCUGAUAACUGUCCUUCUGGACUUGCUAGAUGUGGAAGAUUGUCUGACAAAGAAGAAGAAGGCAGAGAAGAGAAGAGUAGAAACACGAAAACUAAUUAUCCAGGUUCUCUUUUUGUCGCUUGUUCUGCUUGAUACUUCUGAUUAUUAAGCAAAUAUUGGAUUGCACUAUUUGUAUUGUUUGUUUGAUAUACCCUGAAAGUCUUAUAUAGAUCCUGCAGAAAGAUAUGCUUCAAACUCUAUGAGUAUUGGUUGCUCUUCUUUUGAUUGAUCUGGUAAAAUGAUACAGGAGUUGAAGGUGGUGAUAACAAUCAUUCUGGACUUUUUACAUGUCUCUGGUCUGAUAAAGUACACAAAAGCCGAGAAGAGCCGAGCAUAAACACCAAAACAGUUCAUAAAGGUUCUAAUUUUGUUUCUUGUUUCAGCUUGAUACUUCUGAUCGUAUCAGCCUAGACUGGACUGUAUUAUUUUGAUAUUCUUCUGUUUGUGGUCUACUGUGAGUUGAUAAUUCUUGUUCACCUUUGAUUGAUCCUUCUAAAUGUUAUAGAAGGAGAAGAAGUUGGUGACCACUGUCCUCCUGUACUUGCUGGAUCUUUCUGGUCUGACAAAGAAAUGGAAAGCAGAGAAGAUAUUAAGAGCAUAAACACCAAAAUAGAUUGCGAAGCUGAACUGCAUCAACAGUUUGGUGAAGCUGCCUGUAAAAGAAUAGACGAUGGGAUGCUCCACACACAGAGCCAAGAAGCAGCAAAGGAGGAAGAGCAUCAUCAGGAAGUUAUGCACGAGAAUAACGGAUACAAUGUACUACUUUCAUCCAGAGUAGAAAGUGAACCCGAUGAUGUUGUUUCAGCUAGCAACCAGGACCAGUGGGAAUUAUCUAAAGAAGCUAAUAAGCAUCGUGACCAGGGGAAGAAACAGCAGCCACAGUGUGCAGCGGCAGCAGCAGCAGCAGCUAAUGUGGUAUUAAUAGAUCUAAGCGAUGAUGACGAGGAUGUUGACGGUGAUGGUAAACAGAAGAGUAUGAAUCCAAUGGGCAGCAGCAAGGAAAACAUCAAUGUGAAUGCUCAAGUAUGGAACUGUAUGAAUCCAAGUGGGGCAGAACUACAGGGACCAUACUCAAUGUUAAUGUUGAAGCGAUGGAAGGAUACCAGCACUUGUCCCUUUUUGGCACAGUACAGAGUCUGGAGGGAAGGCCAAAGCAGAGAAGAAGCUGUCCCUUUGGAUGAGGCUAUUCGUCAAGCUUAUGGUCCAAACUUGUAAAAUGCAGUCGAUCUGGGAAAAUGGUACUCCUUGGAUGAAGAACAAUUGCAUUGGUACCUUGCUUAGCAGAUAUUGAGGUUUUAGGGUUUAGGAAAUCCCGGUGUAAAGAACUUCGUAGAUCAACCAGUCUUAAGUUUGUAGUUUGAUGUAAAUUCCGGGCCUUUUGGCAUUAACCUCAAGAGCUCCAGGCUAGAUUAGAUAUUACCAUGUGUAAAGCUAUGCUCCAUGUAAUGGGCAAUGGGUGUUUAUGUGAAUUGUACCUGCUUCAAAAUGAUUAACCAAAUUGAGGUAGAUGAAGUAACAGACAUGAGAUCAAAUCUGACGACAUUUAUCUGGUCUACCGCGCGAGCAGUGAUUUGGAGAAUAUCCUUUCAUUAGUCGAAGCAGUUUCCUUUCUUAGGGAAUCGGGAUUAUAUGAUUUCCUCUUUAAUUCAGCUCCAUUGGUUGAAUUGCAUCAGGAGAGAUACUUCAAAGAUCAGCUACCAGUACAAACUGCAAGCAUUCAUUGUAGCGGUCUUUUAUUGCGAGGUUGAUGGUAGUUCCCUCUGUGCCUGCAAUGCAAUAUGGCUGUGCACAUUGGUGGCAAAACAACGCACGAGAUGUAUCUUCUGCUGCGGCAGAGGGUGGAGGUUUGUGUUUCUCCCUCUGCACUAAAAGCUUGCAGCAGAAGAAAGAAAGAACGAAGGUUCUU